AUGGCAGAGAAGGGCCCCUACCAGGUCUCCUGGAUCCUGAAAAAAAUAUUGAAAAACAAGAAAAAAGCAGCCAUUCAGGUGCAGGCCUGGUGGCGUGGGACUCUGGUGCGCAGGGCACUGCUGCACGCAGCCCUCAGAGCCUGGGUCAUUCAGUGCUGGUGGCGGCUGACGCUCAGAAGGAUCCUGGAGAAGAAACGGAGGAAAGCGUUGAUCGACUUCUCAAACAUGGAGAGAGCUGCGGUGACGCUCCAGUCUCUGGUUCGGAUGUGGCGUAUCCACUGGCGGUACUGCCAGGUCCUCAGUGCUAUCUACACCAUCCAGGGCCACUGGAAAUACCACAACUGCCAGGCAUGCUCGCUCCUGCGGGGUCACUGUGUGAUCACCACCACUCACCUACAGUUCCAUAUUGAGAUCAUUGACCACUGA